AUGGAAGGAAUCACAGCUGGUGCUUACAAGGGUUUAAAGGAGUACUGGGAAAGAAAAGGUUACAGAAGGAUAAACGGGUCGGGUCAUAGAAGAAGAACAAACAAGGUUGAACUUGGAGCUACCCAAACCCGAAAAGGUCGGUUUUGGAGAUGGAAGAUCAAGCUAUCACCCAAGAUCCGAAUCAACAGAAUCCCAUCUCCGAAGAAGCUCUUGAGACGGGCGAGAGACGCGUAUGUCAAUAUGAUGAUGGGUUUGGCCAACUCACGGGUCAUGACCGUGAGUGGCUCGGCCGGGGGAUUCGGUGGGGCUCUGUCAACUGGACCCACCGGAGACGCUGGAUUUAAAAGAGCCCCACCAAAAGAAUACGAUGAGAAGACGAUAAUUCAGAUCUAUAAAUCUAUUCUCAUGACGCAUGGAAAUUUAGAAGUUGCUUGCAGACAGUGA